AUGAGUUCUAGCUCCGAGAGUUCUUUUAGUGAGAGUGAGCAAUCAAGCUCUAAUAGUUCUAAUUCAGAUGAGACUCAUGCCACACUUAAGACGAGAGUAAUACCUGAUCCACCGGCAUCAUGGCAUCCACCAGGCAGUCUUCCUACCACAUCACGUAGCGGUAGUACAUCACAUGGCUCAGUUUCAUCUGUUGAAGGAUACACACCCCUUGCUUCACAUUUGGGCAUUUUGGCACGAGAUGGGAGUCUUGCACCACUCACUUUUACGACUUGGCAUUAUGUCCCAAAACAAAACAAAGAUAACAUAUGGAGGGAGAUAAAGGCUUACACGGAUGCAUAUGAAUCCAUGAAGAAAACAAUAAUGGCUUCAUUUGGGAAGAAAUUGAGAGAUUGGAAAAGUCGAGUGAAAAUAAUGGGAUACAAACCCUUCAAGAAUGAUGCAGAAAGGAUGGCUCAUCGACCAGAUAGAAAAUUAAGCAAGAAGAAUAGAAAAAUCCAGAAGAAUAAGACAUUACAUCAUAGAACAGGCCGAAAGCCUUUCUCAGUAGUUCGACUGGAGGAGACAAAAAAGAAGAAUGGGGUUCCUGCUAGUCGGCCACAGGUAUGGAUGGCCGCAUACAUGAAAGAUGGGAUGUCAAAUAGUGAUUCAGUUAAUGAGGUUAUGACUCAAAUGAAUGAGUUAACAGAGCACAUGGAGGGAUCUUCCACUGAUCUUGCAACAUUAAAUGAGCAAAUCUUCACACAAGUUAUGGACCUAGAGCGACCUGGUCGUGUUCGGACGUUUGGAUUGGGACCGUCCCCCGCUGAUGUUUUUGGAGGUGGAUAUAGGUGGUCAUAA